AUGAAGAUCCUUACCAAGGAAGAAGUCGAAGAACACAAGAACCACGUGCUCAAGGAAAACCUCAAGGGGCUCGCCGUCGGCGCCGGUGUCGGCGGGUUGAUGAUUGCCGGUAUCCGCAAGAAGUGGCCCGCGCAAUGGAAGUCGCUCAACACCUCGUUCAAGGCGGCGAUCUUCGCCAUGCCCUGUAUCACCAUCGCUGCGUUCUACGCCGAUGACGGGUCGCUUGAAUUCGACAAGGAGAAGUACCAGGGUGACUACCUUAAGAAGGUCAAGGAAGCCAAGGAAGAGCGCUACAACGGGUUGACGUCGACGGAAAAGCUCAUCCACCAGGUGAACGAGUACAAGUACCCGUUGAUCAUUGGUGCGUGGGGGGCGUCGUUGUUUGGCUGCUGGAAGCUCGUCGACCGCGACAGAUACAUGCUGAAGGCGCAGAAGAUUGUCCAGGCGAGAGUGUACGCCCAGGCGAUCUCGGUGGUGUUGUUGUUGGGGACGAUUUUGUUGCUGUACCGCGACAACGAGAUCAAGAAGAAGCAGCCGGCGCCCAUCCCCGAGUGGAAGCAGAUCUUGCAAGAGCAGGAGGAAAAGAAGAAGCAAGCUGCAGCCGCCGCUGCUGCUCUGCAACAACAGCCCACUCAGCCUUAA